UAGAGCUGUCUUUCUCUGUUGUCAUCAUGGAGUCCUUACCCUUUGUGUCUCAUGCUCUCGUUCCCCGAGACUUCCUCUACCUUCUUGUUCUUCUGAGUUCCCCGUUUCAUCCGGUUCCCUCUUUUGGUUUUUGUUUGUCUCUCAUGACUGUUUAUUUUGUAUUUACCCUUCCGUUUAAAUAAAUCCCUUACCUGCACUUGGAUCCACCCUCUCUUUGUGUUUCAUCUAAACCCUACCGUGACAGAAGGACUCCAUCGUCAAGGAUCCAGCGGUAUGUCUGCUGCCAUGUACUCAUCAGCCAGCAAGCGUAAUGGUUUUGAGGGCUCUCGCCUAGUGGUGUUCCGGGGGACCAGGGGAGGUCGCUCCGGAGCAAGCGGUCGAGAGGAUGUCCGGCAGCGAUCGCCACUGUGGCCUCCCAUCGAUCCGAGAUUCGGAUGGGGGCGGCCAUUUCCCCAAGAUGUCCCGAGAGGAGAGGGGAAAUGCAGAUCGGCUGAGCCAGCGCCGUGGUACCAGAUGGCCGCCAGUCCUGUACAGCGGCACCAAAUGGCCGCCAGCUCAGCGCCACAGCACAAGAUGGCCGCCAGCUCAGUCCCACAGCACAAGAUUGCUGCCAACUCAGCCCCACAGCACAAGAUGGCCGCCAGCCUAGCGCCACAGCCUAAGAUGGCCGCCAGCCUAGCGCCACAGCCCAAGAUGGCCGCCAGCCUAGCGCCACAGCCCAAGAUGGCCGCCAGCCUAGCGACACAGCCCAGGAUGGCCGCCAGCCUAGCGCCACAGCCCAGGAUGGCUGCCAGCCCAGCACCACAGCACAAGAUGGCCGACUCAACGCCACCGACUCUCCAUCGUAGAGGGCGGAGGAGGAGACAGGCAGCUACUGUUCCUCAGGACCCGGAGAACGUUCCCGAGCGGGCCGCUGCCAUCCAUGAGGCCAUUCCCGAUGCGGUGCCCACUGCUGUUUCGGAGGCGGUGGCUGAGGCUGUUCCCGAUGCGGUGCCCGUUGCGGUUCUGGAGGCCGAGGCGGUGCCCGCUGCUGUUCCGGAGGCCGAGGCGGUGGCCGAGGUCGUUCCCGAUGCGGUUCCCGUUGCUGUUCCGGAGGCCGAGGCGGUGGCCGAGGCCGUUCCCGAUGCGAUGCCCGCUACUGUUCCGGAGGCCGAGGCGGUGCCCGCUGCUGUUCCGGAGGCCGAGGCGGUGGCCGAGGCCGUUCCCGAUGCGGUUCCCGUUGCUGUUCCGGAGGCCGGGGCGGUGGCCGAGGUCGUUCCCAAUGCGGUGCCCGCUGCUGCUCCGGAGGCCGAGGCUGUUCCCGAGGCGGUGCCUGAUGCAGUUCCCGAGGCGGUGCCCGAUGCAGUUCCCGAGGCGGUGCCCGAUGCUGUUCCCGAGGCGGUGCCCGAUGCAGUUCCCGAGGCGGUGCCCGAUGCAGUUCCCGAGGCGGUGCCCGAUGCAGUUCCCGAGGCGGUGCCCGAUGCUGUUCCCGAGGCGGUGCCCGAUGCUGUUCCCGAGGCGGUGCUCGAUGCUGUUCCCGAGGCGGUGCCCGAUGCAGUUCCCGAGGCGGUGCCCGAUGCUGUUCCCGAGGCGGUGCCCGAUGCUGUUCCCGAGGCGGUGCCCGAUGCUGUUCCCGAGGCGGUGCCCGAUGCAGUUCCCGAGGCGGUGCCCGAUGCAGUUCCCGAGGCGGUGCUCGAUGCAGUUCCCGAGGCGGUGCCCGAUGCAGUUCCCGAGGCGGUGCUCGAGGCGGUGCCCGAGGCUGUUCCCGAGGCGGUGCCCGAGGCAGUUCCCGAGGCGGUGCCCGAGGCAGUUCCCGAGGCGGUGCCCGAUGCAGUUCCCGAGGCGGUGCUCGAUGCAGUUCCCGAGGCUGUUCCCGAGGAGGUACCCGAUGCUGUUCCCGAGGCGGUGCCCGAUGCUGUUCCCGAGGCGGUGCCCGAUGCUGUUCCCGAGGCGGUGCCCGAUGCAGUUCCCGAGGCGGUGCCCGAUGCAGUUCCCGAGGCGGUGCCCGAUGCAGUUCCCGAGGCGGUGCCCGAUGCAGUUCCCGAGGCGAUGCUCGAGGCGGUGCCCGAGGCUGUUCCCGAGGCGGUGCCCGAUGCAGUUCCCGAGGCGGUGCCCGAUGCAGUUCCCGAGGCGGUGCUCGAUGCAGUUCCCGAGGCUGUUCCCGAGGCGGUGCCCGAUGCAGUUCCCGAGGCGGUGCCCGAUGCAGUUCCCGAGGCGGUGCCCGAUGCAGUUCCCGAGGCGGUGCUCGAUGCAGUUCCCGAGGCGGUGCCCGAUGCAGUUCCCGAGGCGGUGCUCGAGGCGGUGCCCGAGGCUGUUCCCGAGGCGGUGCCCGAUGCAGUUCCCGAGGCGGUGCCCGAUGCAGUUCCCGAGGCGGUGCUCGAUGCAGUUCCCGAGGCUGUUCCCGAGGAGGUACCCGAUGCUGUUCCCGAGGCGGUGCCCGAUGCUGUUCCCGAGGCGGUGCCCGAUGCUGUUCCCGAGGCGGUGCCCGAUGCUGUUCCCGAGGCGGUGCCCGAUGCAGUUCCCGAGGCUGUUCCCGAGGAGGUACCCGAUGCUGUUCCCGAGGCGGUGCCCGAUGCUGUUCCCGAGGCGGUGCUCGAGGCGGUGCCCGAGGCUGUUCCCGAGGCGGUGCCCGAUGCAGUUCCCGAGGCGGUGCCCGAUGCAGUUCCCGAGGCGGUGCCCGAUGCAGUUCCCGAGGCUGUUCCCGAGGCGGUGCCCGAUGCUGUUCCCGAGGCGGUGCCCGAUGCUGUUCCCGAGGCGGUGCCCGAUGCUGUUCCCGAGGCGGUGCCCGAUGCUGUUCCCGAGGCGGUGCCCGAUGCUGUUCCCGAGGCGGUGCCCGAUGCGGUUCCCGAGGCGGUGCCCGAUGCGGUUCCCGAGGCGGUGCCCGAUGCGGUUCCCGAGGCGGUGCUCGAGGCGGUGCCCGAGGCGGUGCUCGAGGCGGUGCCCGAGGCUAUUCCCGAGGCGGUGCCCGAUGCAGUUCCCGAGGCGGUGCCCGAUGCAGUUCCCGAGGCGGUGCCCGAUGCAGUUCCCGAGGCGGUGCCCGAUGCAGUUCCCGAGGCGGUGCCCGAUGCAGUUCCCGAGGCGGUGCCCGAUGCAGUUCCCGAGGCGGUGCCCGAUGCAGUUCCCGAGGCGGUGCCCGAUGCAGUUCCCGAGGCGGUGACCACAAGGCCGUGGUGGUCUUCUGCUCCGCCUUGGGGGACUCUGGCGGUGACCACGAGGACGUGGUGGUCGUCCGCUCCACCCUGGGGGACUCGGGCGGUGACCACGAGGACGUGGUGGUCGUCCGCUCCGCCCUGGGGGACUCUGGCGGUGACCACGAGGACGUGGUGGUCGUCCGCUCCGAUCUGGGGGACUCUGGCGGUGACCAUGAGGACGUGGUGGUCUUCUGCUCCGCCCUGGUGGACUCCGGCCUCGACCACAAAGACGUGGUGGUCUUCCGCUCCGCCCUGGAGGGCUUUGACUUUGACCACAAGGCCGUGGUGGUCUUCCGCUCCGCCCUGGAGGGCUCUGGCCUUGACCACACGGCUGUGGUGGUCAUCUGCUCCGUCCUGGUGGACGCCUCAACAUGUCCUUCAUGGACUUAUGUUUUGUGUUUUUUGAGUUCUGUUUCUGUCUGUUCCUUUUAGUUUAGUCUGGCCCUCCUUCCCUCCCCCUGAGCCUCCACCUGUCCGCCUCCCUCCUGGACUCCUUGUUUUGUGUUGCACCUUUCCAUUUCUCCUGGUUGCUCCUGUCCCUGUUUUCUGUCCCUCCCCCUGGUCCGCCGCCGUUCCACCUCCCUCCUGCCUCUUUUUCUGUUGGGGUUUUCCUGGGUUUAGGUGGAGCAUCUGGUAGCUGCUCCGUAGGGGAGGGGGUAAUGUCACGCUGCCAGUCUUUGUUUUCCUGGGUGUUCCCUAGUGAGCUCACUUCCCCUUAGGCACUUCACCAUAGGCACUUUAAUUCCGCUAGUCUGGUUGUGUCUUCACAGUAAUUGCACUCCAAUUAGAAUCGCACAGGUGUUGACAAUACUCU